AUGCCCCAUGCGGGUAACUUGAGGCAGGCAGACUUGGAGGCGCGCAUUCAAUCACUCUUCCACACCGACCCAAACGAUGUCAUCCAAAAAGUCAAACAGGAACAAGUCCAAACAAAUGACCCAAAUGCUAAGCAACCCUCUUCUGAACCCAAGUCCUCGCUGGACGACAAUGUGAGCCAACUGCUGGGCGCCACAAUAGCGGCCAUCAAUGUUACGAAAGACCUCGUACCCAUCAACCUGGCGAAAGGCAUCCUUGGAACAGUCGCAAAUAUCCUGAUUAUCGCGCAGUCAGUGAUCAAGAACAAGUCCGAUUUCCUAGCGAUAGUCGACAGGUGCGACACUAUCAGGAGAGUUCUCGCAAGGGCCACCAAAGAUGCUACCCCAGAUGAUCUGCGAGGAUCUUUGGGGGAUGCUUUAUCGCAGCUUAAUGUAUCAGUGAACCGCAUCAAUAGUGAAGUAGCCUCAAGAAAGGAACAAGGAUUUUGGAAGAGACUCUUCUCUGUCACGAUAGAUCGCGACCAGAUCGCUGGAUGGGAAAAGGACUUAGAUCGCGUCCUCGUACUAUUCAGUACUGAAGCAAUUGCUGGCAUCGCGAUCAAAGUGGAGAAGCUAACUCUGGGAUCGCAGGACAAUGCUAAUGGGAUCGACGGCCUAAAUUGUCGCCUACCUAUACCUCCAUCACGUCCUUCCAUGUUGUAUGGCCGCGAUGAUCUCGUCGCAGAGUUGACGAACCUCGUCGUCAAUGAUGAGCAUAUUGCGUUGAUCGGUCCGGGAGGCAUGGGAAAGAGUUCUCUUGCCAAAGCUAUCCUCAACGAGUCCCUUGUCAUCGAGAAAUUUGCUGAUAGGCGCUUCUUCGUGACAUAUGAUGGCCUCGAUCCUUCCACCAUUACGUUUGACACUUUUAUGACUCGUUUCGCAGGAGUUCUUGGCAUGCAGCUUGCUGGAGCUGAUCCUGUAGGCCAAAUAUCUUCCUUCCUUUCUUCCGCUAGUGCCCUCGUUGUCCUCGAUAAUGCUGAGACCUUCGAAGAGGCCAGUGGAUCAUCGGCGCUCACGGAAAUACCACCAGCUAUUGCCGACAUCGCAGACAUCCCCGGCGUCGUUCUGAUUCUUACGUCGCGUAGUAGAAGGAAUGCACCCAAUGUGCGAUGGAUAACGAAGGAUAUUCCACCACUAGACUUGAGCUCCGCUCAAGCGGUGUUCUUUCAAAUAUAUCAUCACGCCGGUCGUAGCGAUGCUGAAGAAGACAUAAAGGACCUGCUCAGGGAAUUGGAUUUUCACCCCCUUUCCAUCAACCUACUCGCAAAUGCUGCUCAGCAAAAUGGCUGGUCUCCAGCGACACUGCUAAAGAGAUGGGACAAUAGACACAGCGCGGUACUAAACCACGGCGAGGGGAAGCUGCAAAGCUUGUCGUUCACCAUGCAGCUAUCGCUGAGCUCGCCGUCAGUCGAGAAACUCGGAGAUGAUGGUCGGCGUGCUCUCGUCGCCAUCGCUUUCUUGCCCCAGGGCCUCAAUGAAACACUGGCUAGCGAUUUGUUGCCGUCGCUCCUGCAAAUCGACACUAUAUGUGAUGUCCUAUGCAGGCAGUCUCUCGUUUAUCGUCAAGGCAGCUUCAUCAAGAUGCUCGCGCCCAUUCGACAUUUUGUCCGAGAUUCGUUUCUACCACCUGAUAGCACUUGUUUGCAAGGAGUUCGCGCCUUCUACUAUCGUACUGUUCGAGGGUGUUCAGAAGAAGACAAUCACCACACUGAUAUUGUUAUCUCGGAUCACCUAAAUAUUGAGCAUAUAGUUUCCUUCGACCUUGCACACGUCCCGGACGACGCGGACGAGACUUAUGAUGUUUGCUGCCGGUUCUUGUGGUGCUUGCAGUCGCAUCUACCUCGCCCCACUACCCUUACCCCAGCUAUUUUCGACAUUGUAGAGAAGUCCUCCACGUGGACGCCAAAAGCAGAGUGCUUGUGGCAGCUAGGCCGGCUCUACUUCGCUCUUUCUCAGCUCGCAGAAGGCAUGAAGGCCUUCAAAGCUGCUGAGGCUCUUUACCUCACUGCUGGUGACCACGAGAAUGUGGUACAGUGUGUUGCCCGAUGUGCAGACGCAUACAGAGCUCAAGGCCGGUUCAUUCAAUCCCAACAGGUCCUGGAAGACUUCCAACACUCUGACUCAUGGAAGCAUCUGAGCGAAGCAAUGAAAGCCUAUGCUUGGCAUUUCUUGGAUAUGGCCCGGGUGUACGCUUUCACAGCAUCUGCGGACGAAUUAUUUGUGAAGUCCAUGGAAGAUUGUGCAUGGGGCUUGCAGUCCAAGAUUUGGCAUUGGCGGGCCAGAUUGUACUACGGCGGAGACAGUGUCCAGGUAAAGACACACUUGGACAGCCUUUGCUUGCAAUGCCACCAGAAUGAAAGUCUCGUCGACCGCAAGGAUGCAUUUGUGGGGCUUGCAGAAGUUGCAUUUUACGAAGGCAGGUUAUCCGAUGCAAUGGAUAUCCUGCAGAAACUUGUAGAGAUGUUCGAGGGACAACUUUCGGACGAUGUUUUUUGGUACACCGUCUGGAAGGCUGUAGUUGCGAGCGAGCAGGGGAAUCAUGACCUUGCAAAGGAGCUCGUCCAGCACGCCUCCGGACCACUCGAAUUCCUCGUGCUGCGCAAUACACGCGCAUUUCUCCACAGAACUUAUGCCUCGGCACGCAUCGAGCUCACCGCAGGCGAGUGCCACAACGCCGAGUCUCAAUUCAUUACCACGAUCGAAAGUUGCGAUAUGCAAGGCAACCUGACGUUUAAGGCACGCAGCCUCCGCGGAUUGGGAGAGGUUGCCUUUGCGCGCGGUGACUUUGCUGUAGCUGCACGGCGCUUCGCAGAGACAAGGUCUGUGUGCACUGAGAUGGGAGUGCCUCCCCGCAAUUUGUACAGUUGCUUACCAUUCUAUGCUUUGCCGGACACAUUCGAAGGAUGGGCGUUAUUUUUGGAGGGCCAGUCGCCAUUUGCGAAUGUUACUUAG